AUGACACUCCCUCCAAGACGAGCUACUCAAGGCUCACUUUCCGGGCAUGAUGAAGUACAAACAGCCUCCCAGCUCAUUCCACCAGAAGUUCCAGACCAGAGCGAGGUUCAUCAGCCGAGAGGAUUAUGGUCUCCACUGUUCCUCCGCCCACAUACUCUCGCCUUGUUUGCAUGCGCCUACUUGAUGCUAUCUAUUAUAUUGGCAGCACUAGCUUGGUACUCCUCCAUCCACAAAGGAAUUUGUGCGGUGAAUCUUUCAAAUCACUACCUCUGGAAUUACGCGCCAACGGCAUUGUUUACUCUGUUCUCUGUUUUGUGGUCACAAAUCGACUACCGCACAAGAUCAAUAAUGCCGUGGGUACUCAUGGCAAGAAAGCUACAGACUGCGGACAGGAGUGUGCUUCUUGACUACGUAUCCCCCAACUUGGUUUCCGCAUGGAUAAAGGCCAUCAAAGCAAAAGACAUACCUGUCGCGAUAUCAAUAUUUGGGGCUGUACUCAACAAGUUGUUGAUCAUCUUGUCUACCAGCCUUUUCACGCUCGACAUUGUUAAUUAUACUACCGCGUCCAUAACCACAGAAGGCGGCAAGUCGUUCGUAGCGUCAGCAUUCAACGCAUCAUUAGUCAACCAAGAACCUGUAGCAAGGGUGUUCGGGACCGAACAUCUUGAAAUGGGUUAUACCAUAGGAACUUCCAAAAAGUACGCUGCGGAGGUGCCACCCCUACGAAACAGCAGUUCAACUCUGGAGAAUACGUCUCAAGUCGAUAUCAUUAGUGCUUCUCUUGACUGUGAAGACGCUGGCCAACUCCAGAACUCAUCUAUCUCGGCCACAGGCACUGGAGUGCAUAUUGGAUCCUCUCCCAAUGGAGAUAACGAAACCUAUUACAACAACGAACUCUUUUUCGAAAACCACAAUGGAACCGAGACAAUAUAUCAAAUGCUCCCAUACGUUUCUCCCUACCUUGGAGGCUACCGCAUGCGGGCCACCCUAAAUUCAAGUUCCUGCUCAUCAAUCCAAGUGGCUGGGGGCGUCCUUGGUUACCCGAAUACCCUUAUGGAUCGAUCACCAACACUUAACUGCAGUGAUGACAGCUAUCGGUUCGUUUUCGGGCUGUAUGGUGAGACCUCGACUGGAGAACGCGGUGGUGGCAGCCAGUUCCUAGUGUGCAAGCCUACAUAUCGGGUGCAAGCGGCUAAUAUGACAUACAAAUACGACACUUCGGAAGGGAACAAGUGGACCAUUAAAAACUUCACUGGCGACCGGAAACUUGAAAAUUUUACAGCAGAAACUAUCUUCGAAGGCUUCUAUGGGGCAAUUAAGGACCUGAACAUAACUGUCUUGCUAAACAGAACAUCGCCGCAAGCCCACAUCGACCCCUUCCUGCAUGAUUUGGAGCUACUAAAGAGUACACUCAUAGAGCUCUACGAAGCCACCACUGCCCAAAUCUUGAGCCAGCAUCUACUCGUUGAGAACACCAAAACUUUUCAGGUAGCAGAGAUCCGGGCACAAAGUCGGCUACAGCUUCAGGGAUAUGGCUUAUGGUCCACGGAAUGUGCGCUCAUCCUGCUUGCGGUCAUCAGCCUCAGUCUAUGCUACUCUUUCAAGGCCUCUGUACUCCCGAGGGAUAUUGGAUCCAUAACCGGACUUGCAACCAUCUUGGCUCGUGACCCCGAAUUCAUGGAAAGAAUUGAUGGGUCUGGUUCAAAAUGCUUACAAACAAUUCGAAGAGACCUUUUUACGACCCAGUUCCAAACAGAAGCCAUCUGUAACGAUCACGAUACGACGGAUGUCUUUCGUAUUCGACCACUCACAACAGCAAAUACGGAAAAAGUCGAGCAAAGUACCAAAUUGGACUCUGGUAAAUGGUACAAUCCAUUUGUUGUAACGCGCAUCGGAAGACUGUGUACCAUCGCUAUCGCUGUCAUCCUAGUGAUCGCACUAGAAAGCAUUUACCAGACUUCUAUCCAUAACCACGGAUUUAUGACGGUUGCUAUUCAAAAACACGCCGAGUACACUUCGCGAUACAUCCCUGCGGCCAUUCUUGUUUUAUACAGCCUAUUAUUCAGCGCACUCGAUUUUGAGCUCAAAACGUUUCAGCCAUAUCUAAACCUCCGAAAGGGAUCCGCCACAAGUCAGAUCAGCAUCGAUGAACACUACCUCGGACUCUUAGGUCUCCAUGGAUUAUGGAGAGCAUCCAGGAAGAAGCAAUAUUGCAUCGUUGCUACCACCAUAGGCAUGUUUGUAACGCACUUCCUCACUAUCAUAGCUAGCGGCCUUUACACGGUCACUAGCGUUUAUCAACAGAAGCCUAUCCAGGUUCUCCAGAUGGAUCGAGUCAACAUAGAAGCGUUCAGCGACAUCAAUCAUAUAAGCUACCAGGAAAUUGGCAUGAUCGCGGCGACUUUGGUCCUCGACAAAGAUAUGGAUCUUCCUCAAUGGUCAUAUGAUUCAUUCAUAGUUCCCACUAUGGACCUGGUUACCCAGCUCGACAAAGAUGAGCAUUGCCAGGGUGUCACAAUCACUGUUCCAGCAACGCGAGCCAACGCUAAUUGCACAGUGAUAAUACCCUCGAAUGUCAGUAUUGAAGUUAACGAUUUUAAUCAAAGACGAGAAUUUACCAUGGACUUUGAUUUCCUUUCAAUUUGUGGAGGCGACCCGAGGGGUAAAAGGCCUUUAAAAAUAGACGUAUACGAUCGCCCUACUGGAUUCGCCUCUUGGAAUGAUAGAAGCGAUGACUUCUUCCACUGUCCUGAAUACCUUGUUGUUGCUGGGCAUGCGUACCCAGAGAAUAGGAGCUGGAACCUACGUGCUCUACAUUGUAGGCCGUACCUGGAAAGUAUCGAUGUACGCAUCGAGCUGUCCUGUCCUGGUCUCAUCGCCAAUCGCAAAGUUGUGCCACUUCUAGACGAAUCAACACGGAAAACUUUAUCAACGGCUGAGGUCCCCGGUAUCGAUCAGAACCUCCUACUACCGUAUAUACGUUCGGAAUUAGAAGGAAUAGACAGAUACCUUAAAGCCAGCGACGGGAGUUUCAAUGGUACUGUGGACGGAUUCUUUGGCACUGUAGUCCGGCGAGGGACGCCCUUGAAAAGCCUAACCAACAACUCCGAAUCCCUGAAAGCAGCCGUGGAAGACAUGUAUCCGCGAAUCAUGGCUCAGAUUCUGAACCAGAACCGCGUCAAAGCCGAUCCGAAAAUAUACAAUGGGACAGCACAAUUCCAAAAUCGGUUUCGACUUGUCCAGAACGGCGCAUCAACGCGCGUGCUACAAGCGCUGCUUGUAGCAAUGGCUCUUUGCAUAGCAGCUACGCUAAUGGGCAGAAGCACAAAAGGCGUAUUACCGAAGAAUCCUCGCAGCAUUGCAGCUGUUGCUAGCUUGUUGGCUGGAUCAUCUUUAUUGCACGACGACAUAAUUCCGCCCGGUUCGGAGUGGCUUAGCGAUGAGGAACUCGAGUGUAGGGAACUCUUCAAGGGCCUGGCAUUUAGCAUUGGUUGGUGGAAGGAUGAGGAUAUGGAUAUAGAUGGGCAGGAAAGCGUUGGAUUUAGCAGUGCUUAA